AACCCAAGCUGAAUCUGGGAGCUCUUCUUGGGGAGGGUGAGGGGAGGUGCCGACAGGCUAAGUCUGGUUGGCAAAUACUAACUUUUCUUUCAGAAAAGAAAUAUUCCCCUCCUCUCUCUCUUUUUUUUUUUUGUUUUUCUGAAUUUUGGAGAAGAUGACUAUUGCCAUCGAGCAUCCUGAGAUUGAGGAAGGGAAAGAGAAGAAAAUCACCACCGGGUCAAACGAGUUGGUGCCAGAUGGUGGAUUCGCAGCUCCUGAAACUAAUGCCUUUGGCCAAACUUUUAGGAACUAUGAAGCUGAAUCAGAGAGGAAAGACUCCGUUGAAGAGUUUUAUCGGAUAAACCACAUUCAUCAGACUUACGAAUUUGUGAAGAAGAUGAGAGAGGAAUAUAGCAAGCUGAACAAGGCAGACAUGAGCAUUUGGGAAUGCUGUGAGUUGCUUGACGAGUUCGUGGAUGAAAGUGAUCCUGAUCUUGAUGAGCCCCAGAUCCAGCAUUUGCUGCAGAGUGCUGAAGCUAUUAGGAAAGACUACCCUGGUGAAGAUUGGUUGCAUUUAACUGCCCUUAUACAUGAUCUAGGAAAGGUUCUUCUCCAUCCUAAAUUUGGGCAGCUUCCCCAGUGGGCAGUUGUAGGCGACACAUUCCCUGUAGGUUGUGCUUUUGAUGAAUCCAUUGUUCAUUACAAGUACCUCAAAGACAAUCCUGACUUCAACAAUCCUCAAUACAACACGAAGUUUGGAGUCUAUUCUGAAGGAUGUGGACUCGAUAAUUUAAUGAUGUCGUGGGGGCAUGACGAUUACAUGUAUAUGGUGGCUAAGGAGAACAAGACCACUCUACCUUCAGCUGCAAUGUUCAUCAUCCGAUACCAUUCAUUCUAUCCAUUGCAUCAGUCGGGGACCUAUAAGUAUUUCAUGAAUAAGGAGGAUGAAGAGAACCUAAAAUGGCUACAGAUCUUCAACAAAUAUGACCUCUACAGCAAGAGCAAAGUCAGGGUCGAUGUGGAGAAGGUGAAGCCAUACUAUCUGUCCCUCAUUGAGAAGUAUUUCCCUCCCAAGCUGAGGUGGUGAAGAAGAGAAAGCCACUGACUUGGUGGAUGAUGGCAUGAUGCUUAAUUUCAAUGGCAAUUUUUAACAAUCAAUAUGAGGAGGAGUAAAAUUGUUAAAUAAAAGUAAUACUAAAUAACUGCUUUCCCCAGUGUAUAAUAUUAAUGAAAGAUAUCCUCCAGACUUAUCAUUAUUAAAUCUUGAUUCAUUUAUGCCAUGAGGAGAAGAGGAUCUCCCUUUCAUUUCUUCUA